UUUAAAUUUAAUUAGUUUUUUGAAAAAGUUUAUCAAAAUCAUAAGUGAAUGGUUAUAUAAUCCAAUUUAUUAUUAGAUAAUAUAAUAAAAAAAAUAGAAAAUAUAAUGAGUACUUCAAAUAUUAGUGAUAAAAAAGUAGUAUCUGAAUUACGGAAAAAACUCACGCAGGAUCCAAAUUUAAUCAAUCCUUGUUUAGAGGAAUAUAAUUUUACUGCAAAAUGUUUAGAAAAAAAUAAAUAUGAUUAUAAUAAAUGUUUAUUAUAUGUUGAAAAUUAUAAAAUCUGCAAAAAAUUUUGGGCAAAAAUAAUAAAUUAUCGAAAGAUAAAAAAUAUAAAACCCUAUAUUCCUUUACCAGAAGAACGACAAAAAAUAAAAGCAGAAUAUUUACAAUCACAAAAUAAAUAGUUCACAUAAUUUUGACAUACUGAAGAAUUGUAAUUGUAUAAUGGAUUGAAAUUUUUUUUUUUUAUUAUAAAGAAUUAAUUCAUCCUUAUUAAUUAAAUAAUAAUAACUUAUCAAAAUUUGCCAA